CUGGAGUUGGUGUGUCAUUUUCCCCUGUAGAGUUAAAAGAGGCUGUGACUCAUCUCUACAGCCGGGACAAAAACAAACAGGUUGUGUUUGUCACCAACUAAAAUGAUGACUUUGUUUCUUAAAAUGGAACGAAAACCAUUUUACUGGGUUUUAAUGCUGCUUAGUUACUGAAAUCUUUCCCACUGCCAGUAGUGGGAUUUUAAAUGUGUUUCUGCAAAGAGAAUCUGAGCUGGUUCCAGUCUUACAGCCCAGUCAAACUGAGACCAUCCACCAGUUGCGCUCCCAUCCAGCUGGUAAAUACCCCCCCUGGUCUUCCACAUUCAGCACUUCCUCACUUCCUGUGUUGUGGAAGGACCUCAUUGGUAUGCUGCAUCGGUGGCUGAGAGGGCAGGACCAGGAAACUCUACAAAACCUCCUGCUGCAGCAAAUAUUUCACAGUUCAUCGUCUCACCACUAAAGCUGCAGUGUAGAGGAGACUGAGGAGGACCACUGACUGGAGCUGGACCACUGACUGGAGCUGGACCACUGACUGGAGCUGGACCACUGACUGGAGCUGGACCAAAGUAAAGCAAUCAGGGAGCCGGGAAGACCUGAAAAUGUUUUUAGCUGAAACCAAAUCAGUUAUUGAUAAUCUUGGAGCCAAAAAACAUCUGAUCUCCAACCAUGACAUGAGCAAUAAAGUGGAGCUCCUGACUCUGGUCAAAGUCAGAGAGGGAAGUUUCUGGCAGCUUCCAAAGUACAAGGCCAUGCUGUGCUCGCUGCCUGAGUUUCUGGAUGAGAAGGAGUUCCAGCCGGAGUUUGAGGAGGAAGUUCUGGUGAAGGAUUUCAUGACUUCUAUGGAAACCAGCAGGAGUGGCAAUGCUGGGGGAGGAGAUAAUCUGGUGGGUGGAGCUAAAAUCUCAGCAGGCGCUGACACUGUGGACGCUAUGACUGCACCCGUCUGCCUCAAGAAGAAGAAGGCCAACCUGAAAAACAUCAGGAGCAAGUUCAGCCGCAGGACCAUUAACAAGGACAUGUUGAAGCAGCUGAGACUGAAGGAGACAGACAAGCUGGCCUUCGUUAACCAGACGGUUUACAACACUGGACCGGUCAAACUGAUCCGAAAGUCCAACAAGGAAGGUUCCAUCUCAGCAUCAUGCCAGAAGAUGCUGAAUCUGUUGGUGAAGGUAAGUGAAGCCGCAGAGAACCAGAGAAACUGACCGCAGGUCUGCUGAUGGACUCCAGCUUUCCAUCAAGCUCGUCUCUAAGUUUUCAGUCAUCCUGCA